CCGCGGACCCGCUGCGGUCCGUGCGGAGGCUGAGCCGGCCGCGGGCACGACCGGAGGCAGAUAAGGGCACUGACACCCUGAGAGCUCUCAGAGUUCACCAGUGACAGAGCCAGAAUUUAAAUCCAGGCAGUGGAACGCCAGUCUGGCAGCCAACAGUUAAAACUGGCUGGUAUGGGAGUUUCGGUUACUAUGGCAAUGACGGCAGGGACUACAAGCACCUUUCCUAUGAGCAACCAUACCCGGGAGAGGGUGACUGUGGCCAAGCUCACGUUGGAGAAUUUUUACAGCAACCUAAUUCUACAGCAUGAAGAGAGAGAAACCAGGCAGAAGAAAUUAGAAGUGGCCAUGGAAGAGGAAGGAUUAGCAGAUGAAGAGAAAAAAUUACGCCGAUCACAACAUGCCCGAAAGGAAACAGAGUUCUUACGGCUCAAGAGGACCAGACUUGGCCUGGAUGACUUUGAGUCUCUGAAAGUUAUAGGAAGAGGAGCAUUUGGAGAGGUGCGGCUGGUCCAGAAGAAAGAUACAGGCCAUAUCUAUGCAAUGAAGAUAUUGAGAAAAGCUGAUAUGCUUGAAAAAGAGCAGGUGGCUCAUAUCCGAGCAGAAAGAGAUAUUUUGGUAGAAGCAGAUGGUGCCUGGGUAGUGAAGAUGUUUUAUAGUUUUCAAGAUAAGAGGAACCUUUAUCUGAUCAUGGAAUUUCUCCCUGGAGGUGACAUGAUGACAUUGCUAAUGAAGAAAGAUACCUUGACAGAAGAGGAGACACAGUUCUACAUUUCAGAGACUGUUCUAGCAAUUGAUGCAAUCCACCAGUUGGGUUUCAUCCAUCGGGAUAUUAAACCAGACAACCUUUUAUUGGACGCCAAGGGUCAUGUAAAAUUAUCUGAUUUUGGUUUAUGCACGGGAUUGAAGAAAGCUCAUAGGACCGAAUUCUAUAGAAACCUUACACAUAACCCGCCAAGUGACUUCUCAUUUCAGAACAUGAACUCAAAGAGGAAAGCAGAAACAUGGAAGAAGAACAGGAGACAGCUGGCAUAUUCCACAGUUGGGACACCAGAUUACAUUGCUCCAGAAGUAUUCAUGCAGACUGGUUACAACAAGCUGUGUGACUGGUGGUCUUUGGGAGUGAUUAUGUAUGAAAUGCUAAUAGGAUAUCCACCUUUCUGUUCUGAAACUCCUCAAGAAACAUAUAGAAAAGUGAUGAACUGGAAAGAAACUUUGGUAUUUCCUCCAGAGGUACCUAUAUCUGAGAAAGCCAAGGACUUAAUUCUUAGAUUUUGUAUUGAUUCUGAAAACAGAAUUGGAAAUAGUGGAGUAGAAGAAAUAAAAAGUCAUCCUUUCUUUGAAGGUGUAGACUGGGGGCACAUCAGGGAAAGGCCAGCAGCAAUCCCUAUAGAAAUCAAAAGCAUUGAUGAUACUUCAAAUUUCGAUGACUUUCCUGAAUCUGAUAUUUUACAACCAGUGCCAACACCACAGAACCGGACUACAAAUCCAAAGACUGGGUUUUUCUCAAUGAUACCUAUAAAGGUUUGAAGGGUUGACUCAGCGCGGCUCUAUCCCCACCCUACAUGAAAGCUGGAAAAUUAUGAAUAAAGAUCACGUUCGCCCACAACCAAGAGAACUCAGGUAGCUGCAUCCCAGGCUUGCUUGGCGUAGAUAACGAUACACUGAAAUACUCCCGAAGACGGUGGUGCUUAUGACUACAAGAGGAAAUUCUACAGGAUUAGGAUUCUAAGACUACUACAGGAAUUGGUUGGCAGUGCCAGCUGGCUUUUGGGUUUUUUUUAAAUAUUUUAUUAUUUUUGUUAACUUUAUUAUACGAAGGUACUGGAAUAAAAGAAAUGUACGUCCCUUUUUAACUGCACUGCCUACACGCGUAUUAAGGUCCAUUCUGCCUGUGUGUGCUGUGGCUUUGUACUGUAACACCUCUGAUCAAUUCAGGAGAAACAUAUCAUUUAAAGCAACAUAGGCUAACCUGUAGGUAACACUGCAGUAUUGCUGUUUUACUGCAAAUCUUAUGGGUCUAGAUAAUCAAAAAAAGCCAUCUUCCAUAGUUGGUGUUAGAAUACUUGCCCUAUUGGUUUGGACGUCUAUAGAAUGAACAGACAUGAAGACAAUUUCUGUAAUGGUUUUAAGAAAUUUUAAAAAGGAAUACACUGGUUAUUUAAAAAAUAGAAUUUACCAUCCUGUUAUUUCACAAACUGCACAGUCGGGAGUGACAAGUUUAUACUAAGAGGAACUUUAACACCUUCACUCAGCACUCCACUAAUAUAUUUACUUUGCAUUCAGAAAUACUGAUGACCUUUAUAUACGUAGUCUGUAUACUCAUAGGGAGAUGUACUGUAUUAUAUAAAAUGUAAGUUGCUUUCUUGUGACAAAAAGGACUUCUUUUUUAACAAGAGGACAUGGCAUUAUUUGAUUUGAUUAUGGUGAGUUGAAUUUAAGAAAUGACCAUGAAGGCUGCUUGUAGAACUGGUGUAUUUUUAUAAACUAUUUUUUAAAUGUCAAACUUCUGAUCAUGGAAAUGGACUUGUAGAGAACAAAGAGUUAUCUACUUUGGUUUCUAGAAAGUUGUUACAAUAUCAUGGCUGGUUAACUUUCUUUUGUUUGGUGUAAUCUUUCCUUUGAUAGUACUUGUAUUAUUGUGCCAUUAUUUUCUUACACUCCAAAUGUACCAAAGAUCCUGAACAGAGUGGAUGUUCACAACUGAGGAAAAUUUCCUUUCCUGUAGGAAUGCCAUAUGCAGAUAUGACAGAUCUUUGAUAGUGCUCAGCUUAUUCAAGGGCAAUAUUGGUUUAUGGUUCAGCUACAUCACUAUGUUUAACCUACGUGGAAUUAAGGAAGUAAAUGCAGGCAGUUGGGGGGUGGUGAGGGUCGCCGGUGAGUUUGUGAGGAUAGGGGAGAUGAUGUCAGCAUCAAAUUCUUUAGCUCUUUCCCGAAGAAUUAAGUCAUGCUUUUUAGCUCAACAUUUUAUUCUAAAAUGACUCUCUGAGGUUUUGGCUUCAUAAGUAUUAGUUAAGGAACAAUACUUUAUCAAAGAAUGGCCUAAUGUUUUUUAUUGAUACAAUUGUAACCAUGAUCUGUGAUCAAAAUCAAAGUGAUGGUUUAUUUGUAGCUAUGUCUUCUUCUUAAUAGGGAAGAAUUGCACAGGAUCAUUAUGCAAAUCUACAGAGCUUUUAUAAAUGCUGCUGCUAGGUAGCUCCAUGAUAUUUCAACAAGGCCAUGCGGUUGGUUCGUUGGUUAGUUGGUUGGCUUUUCUCCCCCUUGUUCUCUCUCUUUCCUUCUUCUUUCCAUUCUUUCUUUCUAGUAUUGUUUGGUACUUAUUAUAUGUUCAUCUAAUAGUUCAUCUCUAUUUUUCUCAUUUGGAUCAUGUGGCUGAGUAUCUAGGAGAGAGAACUAUUAAAAUUCUAGGGUUAUCUCAAUUUGACCAGCUCUGGUUCUUCUAAUUAUAACUCCAACUUU